AUGGCAAAGUACCGACGAGAUGUGAUGUCGAAGAGACUUGUCGUGGAUUACGUCAAAGAUUUAAAUCCAGACAUUGACAUAGUCAAGGUAAAUUUCUUAUUUUAGUAAGAUCUGUCGAAAAGUUAUUUAAAAAAAAAAUUGGACCAAGAUUGUGAUGAAAAAAAGUAUAAUCAUAUUGUGCAAAAUUUCGUAAUGGGGUUAUUCAGCGAUGUAAAAAAAUGAAAAAAAACCAGUGCACGCGUUGCUUUUUUCCCCAUUUUUUGACAUUGCUGAAUAACUCCAUAAUGCUCAUCAGAGAUCAUCUUUUUCAGCAAGACUCGAAGAACGGAGUGACUUCCUACGAGGGAUUCUUCAAGAGCCCGCACGCAAUGCUCUUCCCCGACCACAUGCCUGGAUCCGUCGGUCGGGCGCACUUCCGAGCGCACCUGCCGGACAAACGCGGCCCCGUUUGCAUACAUUUAGCCGGAACCGGGGAUCAUUCGUACUUUAGGUGUGCUCUCGCUCUUCCUCGCCUGCCCCUUUAAUUCAAAUCCUUCCAGACGUCACUGGCUGCUUGCGGAGGAUAUGCUCAAGGACGGAAUCGGCUCGAUUCUCAUCCAGAACCCGUUCUACGGCGAUCGCAAACCUCCCCAGCAGUUCCGAUCUUCUCUGGAGAAUGUGACCGAUUUGUUCGUGAUGGGUGCCGCUUUGAUAGCCGAAUGCAAUCACUUGUUUAACUGGAGCGAAAGUCUCGGCUACGGUCCGUUUGCCAUUUCCGGAGUUUCGAUGGGCGGCUUCAUGGCCCAGCUGGCCGGUUCGAACUCUCAACGUCCGGUCACAAUAGUUCCGAUUCUUUCGUGGACGACGGCUUCUCCGUCGUACACGGAAGGAGCCAUCGCCCCUGCAGUCAACUACGGUCUACUCCAGAAGCAGUUGGAAGAUCCGCACUAUGUGGAAAAGUUACGGAACAUUCCGAAUCAGAAUUGGUUAGAUAAAAUGCACGAGAUGUCUGCGAAGAAUGGGCAACCGGAGGCGAAGAACCUGAUGCGUAUUCUGAUGGACGAUUUUACGAGUCUGGAGAACUAUCCCACUCCCAUCGACACUUCACUCUGCCACGUCUUCCUGGCUGAUCAGGAUCAGUACGUACUUCGGGAUCAAGGAACGCCCACUUAUGAGGUAUCGUUGAUUUGAAGAUUCACACCAAUCAUUCAAACGAUUUCAGCAACUUUGGCCGAACGUGACGGUGGAGAUGAUGGAGGGGUACGGCCACGUCACCGCGUAUUUCUCGAAGCACGACCUCUGGCGCCGGAAGAUCACCGAACUGCUAAGAAAACAGAAAGAACGAAGUGCAAAUAAAGCAAAGUGA